CUUAUUAGAGAGGGCAAAAUGUAAUCUAACUGUUAGUUCAGGGACUUCCAUGAUACUUUUACCUUUGUCUACCUGUAACGAUAAAUAAAAUCCCGGAAAAAGUUCCCAUUUUUCACACUUCACGCCAAUCGGAAUCAAUCUCUGGGAUUUAAGGAUGGGAAAGAGGAAAUCAAGAGCAAAGCCUGCUCCUAAGAAGCGAAUGGAUAAGCUUGAUACCGUUUUCAGUUGUCCCUUUUGUAACCAUGGCACCGGUGUCGAAUGCCGCCUGGCAAUGCCAGCAAAUUUUUUUAGUGACAUGAAGAACUUGAUCGGCGAAGCCUCAUGCCGGAUUUGCCAGGAAAGCUUCAGCACUGUUAUAACAGCUUUGACAGAAGCAAUAGACAUAUACAGCGAGUGGGUCGAUGAAUGUGAACGGGUUAACAACCUUGAAGACGAUGAUGGAGACCAAGACGAAGGUUUCAUGCCUAGAAAACGGGUUUCGACCUGCGAUUGGGAUUAGCAAUUACCAUAACCAGGUAUGUUUUAGAACUUGCUAAGCCUGUAAUUAUGUUAGCUCCCAUGACCAAUCAUUCUUAUUAUGCUGAUAUGCACAUUCAACAGCAUCUUACAAUGAAUAGUCUAAGUGAUUGAUUGAAUGGUGAAGGAGCCACAUGGUUGAAGAGAUAUUCUAUGUUUUCGUUUUGUAUGAACUAUAAUGCAUGUUGAUGUAAUGCAAAUAUUACUAUGACCUAUUAGGCAUGGUAUUGGAUGGAUAUUUGCAACUUUUAAUUAUAUUAUCUACUAAUUAUUCGAACUUUGCUA